AUGUCCGACUCUGAAGGCUCCAUCACCUCGUCCAAAAUCCGCUCGGACUCCGUGGCCCAGCAGCGCACCGAUGAAGUGUUGAACGACCACCGAAACCAGCGCGAAACACUCCCGCCACCCGAGGAAAUGGCGGCCUCUUCCUCCAACGAGGCCGUGCCGUGGUCCAAGGUGCCCGCGGAGACACCGCUGCACCGCCGCGCCUCGAGGUCCCAAUCUAUCUGCGACCCCAUCGAGGACCCAAGAGCGUCCAAAAAGUCAAGGAAGGCCAGGGCCAGCAGGCCCGACUUGCCGCGGAUCUUGAAGAUCAGGUCCAACGACUCGCUGGCCUCGGCUGACCCCAAUGCCCGCACCCACUACUCGAAGAGAGAACGUAGACCGUCCAGAUCUUCCGUGGACCUGGAGGCAGAUUCCCACGCCUCCCGGUCUUCCCAGGAAACCGAGGAGGAUGUCUGUUUCCCUAUGCUCAGGGAGCACGUGAGAAUCAACGGCAUCGAUUUCGACGAAAUCGAGGACUUCAUCAACGAGGAGAGGGAGAGCCAACAGCACGUCAAGGAGCAGGAGGCGUCGCUCGUCGAAAAGAUGAGCCCUGGCGGCAUCGCGCAGACCAGCGGCUCUCUUGCAGGCACGGCCAGUGUCAAGAGCAAAAACGCAAUCAAGUAUUCUCCCAAGAACAUUCUCUUGAAAACAUCCAAUGCCUUUUCCAAGAAAUCAAAGGCGUCUCCCGCAGAAUCGUCGUCGGUUUAUGACGCAUCAUGCAAGGCAAAGGCUUCGGACUCGUCUGAAGAUGCGUUUGUCGACGACAAACACGACGACACCUCCUCUGACAAUGUCAAGUUCGGAGGCACGAGAAUCAACGACGGCGAGGUGGAGCUUCCAGAUCGCUUUUCCUUCUUUCACUCCGAUAACGAAGAAACAAUCCAUUCACCUGAUCUCCCAUCCUUGAUCUCCCCCGGAAACACAGUACGGGAGCUCUUCAAGAAUGGCGAAGGUACGUGGUGGUUGGAUUGCACAUGCCCCACUGAUGCGGAGAUGAAGACUUUGGCCAAAGCUUUUGGAAUCCAUCCUUUGACCGCCGAAGAUAUUCGCAUGCAGGAAUCCAGAGAGAAGGUGGAGCUCUUCAGAAACUACUACUUUGUUUGCUUCCACACAUUCGAGCCCGACAAGGAAUCCGAGGAUUACUUGGAGCCCAUUUAUGUGUACAUUGUUGUUUUCAGAGAAGGUGUUUUGACUUUCCACUUCUCCCCUGUCUUGCAUCCAGCAAACGUUCGGAGAAGAGUCAGGCAAUUGCGUGACUAUGUUGAUGUCAGUGCCGACUGGAUUGGCUACGCAAUGAUUGAUGACAUCACUGACGGGUUCGCGCCAGUAAUCACUGCUAUCGAGUACGAGGCCGAUGCUAUUGAAGAUUCCGUAUUUGAGGCUCUAUCAAUCAACUUCAGCUCCAUGUUGAGGAAAAUCGGAGAAUCAAGAAGAAAGGUAAUGACCUUGAUGAGACUUCUUUCCAACAAAGCCGACGUUAUCAGAAUGUUUGCAAAGAGAUGUCAAGAUGAAGCGUGGGCGAUGCCUCCACACAACGUAACCUCACGUGUCAAUUUGGCAGGCAUGGCUGCUCCCCAUGAUGCCAAUUCUACUGCUUCGCCCCCUCCGCCUACAAGUGGUAUCAAUUUUGGACCUCCCCCCGGUGCUCCCUCAAGCAUGAUGUCCCAAAUCAAUCCUUAUUUUGGCCGUGUGCAACCCAGAGCAGACAUUGCAUUGUAUUUGGGAGAUAUUCAGGACCACGUGGUCACAAUGUUCCAAAAUUUAUCAGCAUAUGAAAAGAUCUUCAGCAGAUCUCAUGCCAAUUAUUUGGCCCAAUUACAAGUCGAAUCUUUCAACUCCAAUUUGACUGUGACCAAGAUCUUGGGAAAUGUCACCAUGAUCGGCACAAUGUUUCUUCCUUUGAAUGUGAUCACUGGUUUGUUUGGAAUGAACGUAAAAGUGUUGGGCGAAGGCCAAGAAGGUUGGUUUUGGGGAAUCAUUGGCUUCAUGGUUGUUUUGGUCGUGGCAUCGUUCGUCGGUGUGAAGUAUUGGUUGCGGAAGAUGGAAGCUCAGGCUGAAGACAAAGAAACUUCAAAGAAGUCAAUCAAGAGCUUUAGUUUGAAAAACAGGAAACGAGAAGCAGCCAAGUCUAUCUUGAGUUUCCCUAACAGAUAUGAUUAG